UUGACGCAUAUUGUGUACACUCAACAAUUUCAACUCAUUAAUGAACAGAAUUAUUUGUCUGAUUUUAACGACGUCGCUUGAGUUAGCAGUUGCAGUUUAGGGAGCACAUUUGUUAGCAAUGAAGUCGUGGAGCAGAGCUGUGUUGGUGUGCAUGCUGGUGCACGUUAUACGUGAGGUGCUGUCUGGCGGCCAUCCAUACAUCGUGCCCACUGUAGGGCAAGUGUGGCCCAAGCCUCAGAUGCACGUGUCGCAGACCUCAACACUCUCCAUCUCACCAGACCAAUUCACCUUUACAGUGACUGACGAAACCUGCCCCCUGCUGCAGCGGGCGCUGGAUCGCUACCUGGCCAUCAUGUUUCCCGCUAACAAGCAGCUAUCGACGGCUCGCCAUGCUGGCAGGGUGAGCGGCAAGGCUCUCACCAGCUUCCAGAUUCGUCUCAUGGCGGCUUGCGAAGGCGCGCCUUACCUUCACAUGGACGAGCAUUAUGAAAUAAAGAUAGACAGUCCUGACGAGCCUGGCGUGGGCAGCAUCGUAGCGGUGAGCGUAUGGGGCAUCCUGCGAGGUCUCGAGUCCUUAUCUCAGCUCCUCAUCCCCGCUGGCGACGGCACCUACUUCGUGUACGCCACGCAGAUCAUGGACUUCCCGCGCUUUUCUCACAGAGGUUUCAUGAUCGACACAGCUCGUCAUUUCCUGCCCAUGAACAAAAUAAAAGAAAUGCUCGAUCUCAUGAGUAUGAACAAAUACAACGUCUUGCACUGGCACAUCGUUGACGAUCAGAGCUUCCCCUACGUCAGCGACGUCUACCCCGAUCUCAGCACCAUGGGUGCGUGGGACAGCAACAGAGUCUACACCUCAGCCGACAUUGCUGACAUCGUCUCAUAUGCAACAGACCGCGGCAUUCGAGUCAUUCCAGAGUUCGAUACUCCAGGCCACACGCGCAGCUGGGGAGAUGGCCAGCCUGACCUCCUCACUGAAUGCUACACUAACGGGUCCCCGAACGGCUUGUACGGCCCCAUCGACCCGUCGAAGGAGACGACCUACGACUUCCUGAAGGCGUUGUUCACGGAGGUGACGAGUCGCUUCCCUGACCACUACCUGCACCUCGGCGGCGACGAGGUGCCCUUCGCCUGCUGGAUUAGCAGCCCAAGCAUUUCGGAGUUCAUGGUGCAGCAGAACAUCACGACUUACUCCGGCCUCGAGAGCUACUACAUUGCACGUCUUCUCGACAUCGUGGCCAACCUGCCGACCGCCAACGGGUACAUGGUGUGGCAGGAAGUGUUCGACAACAACGUGACGCUGGCCAGCGAUACCGUCGUGCAUAUAUGGAAGGGUUCGGGAGACGAUCUGGAGAAUGAGCUCAGUGACGUAACAGCAGCAGGCUUCUCUACGCUGCUCUCGUCGUGCUGGUACCUCAACUACAUCAGCUACGGUACAGACUGGCACCCAUACUACGAGUGCGACCCGCAAAAUUUCAAUGGCACUGAGGCGCAGAAGAGCCUGGUGGUGGGGGGCGAGGCGUGCAUGUGGGGGGAGUGGGUGGACCGCACUAACCUGAUCGCCAGGACGUGGCCCCGUGCGUCGGUGGUCGCCGAGCGCCUGUGGAGCGACGCGUCUGUCAACAGCACCAGCGAGGCGGCGCCGCGGCUCGAGGAGAUGCGCUGCCGGCUCCUCAACAGGGGCUACGAUGCCGAGCCGCUCGGCUGGGGAUAUUGUGAUGCUGACCUUUAAUACACGUAUUCUCGAGGUGCUGCUCACCUCUUUUGUCAAGCUGUCCUUUGUUAUAACAUUUUCUUGGCAUUUGGCUCCUCACUUAUCCAUAGUAAUCAUUGUUUGGAAGAUAUAUGUGGCAACCUCGCAUUUAUUAAAUUCUCCGUUUUUCGAUUUUCAUAGCCGUUUUCAAAGAGAAAGGAAAGUUCAUAGAAACGUAGAACAGUAAAAACAAAGGAUGAAAUGUUCGCAA